UCGUCGUCUAGUAACCCCUCGCCCAGUCGCCCACGUUAUAACAAAUUUAAUCGUCUACCCUAGAAUUGGGUCUCUGAAUUUCUCCUGUGGCCACCUAGUGUGAAGAUGCUUCUAGCUGACACCUAGAUUGACGAUGUUGACUAGUUGCCUUGUGAUAGGAACACGUGGACACAGCGAAUAAUGUUCCUUGAGCUACCAAUAAAUCCCAUUCUCUUGCAGACCACACAGGUUCUACUGUUGUACACCGGAGAAACAGAAAGAGAUGGAAGGGGUUUCAGAAACCAAAACACCAUUAUUGGAGAAGGAAGGGCGAAAGCCCAGCGUCAAGCGCCGAAGCUUUACUCGUCGGAACUCGGUGAACUCGAUCUUAAGAGAUUUCACUUUGAAUUUGCCUGAAAAGGUCAGAGCUGGGCUUGAUCCUGAGGACCCUUUUCAUAUUGAUUUAUCCAAAGCCAGUACCUUAAACAAAGGGGAAGUGGAGUACUAUGAAAAACAAUUUGCGACCCUCAAGUCUUUUCAGGAAGUUGACUCUAUAGAAAUGGCUAACUGCAUUGAUGAGGUUGAAGAUAAUGCUGAACAAGCCAAACAUGAAAAAGCAAUGAAGAUAUCUAAUUAUGCAAACAUUUUUCUGCUGGCAUUCAAGAUCUAUGCCACUAUAAAGAGUGGUUCCUUAGCUAUUGCUGCUUCUACACUUGAUUCUCUGCUGGAUCUCAUGGCUGGUGGUAUUCUUUGGCUCACACACUUGUCAAUGAAAAAGAUAAAUAUCUACAAAUAUCCGAUUGGAAAGUUGAGGGUGCAACCAGUGGGCAUUAUUGUUUUUGCAGCUAUCAUGGCUACUCUUGGUACGCCUUCCUGCUACAACCUCCUUGCAUUUAUUUGAACAUGUAAUCUUGCUUAUUAUGUGUAUUUUCUUCCUUAAUAUAAUCAACUAACGCAUAUGACAAAGUCCUUCAGCUGUAGAAGAUUUGAAGUGAAAGUGGAAGAAUCGAAGUGUUCUGUCUUCCAGUUUCCGACAAAUGUUACUAUCUAAAGACUUUAGACAGUUAAUCUUGUGUAUAUCAAAAGUAACAAAACUAGAUUUUUUUUGUAACCCUCAAGUGAGAAAUUACAGGGGUGCUUUAUCUUGCAGCUAAUCCAGAGAUGGAAAAGAAUGGCAUCAAGAAAUUUCUUAGAAUAGAAGUUGAUGCAAUCCAUAUUGAUUCUGUUAAUGCUUCUAAAUUAAGAACGUGAUUCCUCCUCUCAUGACUGUGAACAAGGCAUUAAACCUUAAAUCUCAGAUUUCCAUUGAGAGAGUGAUAUAGAUGCUUUUGUGAUUGGGUCAAGAAAUUG